AUGUCUCUGAAAUUUGAAAAACGAAAUCGACCGCCUCUGUCCUGUGAACCAUGUCGCACACGAAAGCUGAAAUGCAACAGAUCUCUACCCUGUGAUACAUGUAUCAAACGCAAUGUUGAAUUUAAUUGCACAUACGCUUCUAACGCUGUACGCGGUAAGACGCGUACUUCAAGGGAACGUGCCUUGAGUGAUAGACUGAAGCGUCUCGAGGAUACGAUCCAAUCAUUUGUCGAGGGAGAGAAUGUGUCCUCGACAAACACACAGCCACAAUUAGAAGGGACACAUACAAUUAAUGAGAGCGGAAGCCUUCCUAGUACUCAUGGAGUUUCUGUCGUCACGGCUCGGCUGGCUACUAGCAAUGAAGUUCGCACCGGAGACCAACAUCUCCAGGAAAAAGUGAUGCCCAGUACUUUCCAUGCUCAUCACGGUAAAACUAGUCAUGUUGAUUCCAAUCACUGGGCUUCUAUAUUGGAAGAUAUCAAGGAAGUCCGAGAAAGCUUGUCUACCGUUGAUCCCUUUUCGCUCAGCGAACCAACCAACGACAGUGGAAGUGGACAAUCAGACGUGAGUCUUGCUCCUGGGGCCGAAGCACGAUUGAAUAUCAAGGAUAUUCUUACCUCGCUGCCAACGCGCCCUAUCUGUGAUAUGUUGGUCUCUCGAUAUUUCAAUGCUCCAUACAUGGUACUAGGUAUUGUGCACUCGGGGAAAUUCCAGGAUGAAUAUGAAGAAUUCUGGAAAGCACCGCACAAAGCCCCCGUGCUUUGGAUCGCGCUUCUUUUUGGUAUUAUUAGUGUAUCAGCCCAUUUCUGCAUGAAAAUGAACGCAGACGGGGCUUUGAAUGGUACAAUUCCGUCUCCCGAUAUCCUUCAACUGAAGACAGCGCAAUGCCUUUUGCUGGGAAGAUAUAGAACAGCGAAUGCCUAUGCAUUAGAAGCAUUGCUUCUGUAUCUCCAGAGUGGCUUUUUGGGCGACAUGAAAACCACCUCCCGACAAUGGUUCGACAUGGGAAUCAUACUGAGGUUAGCAUUCCGCAUGGGCUACCACCGUGACCCCAGCACUUUCCCCGGGACGACAACACCAUUUGAUAGCGAAAUGAGACGUCGGGUGUGGCUGCAGAUCUUCCAGCUCGACGCGCUCUUGAGUUUCCAGCUAGGCCUUCCAAGCAUGAUACCGGCUGAAUGUUGUGACACCCAUGUUCCCAGGAACCUAAACGACUCCGAUCUCCAGGUUCGGAUGUCGGCGUUGCCCCCAUCUCGCCCGUCUUCAGAAUACACUCCUUUCCUCUAUUUUACCUCCAAGGCUGGCGUAAUGAGCAUCUUCAAAAAGAUCGUUGCACAUGCAAUUUCCCUCGCAACACCAUCUUACAGCAGGACCCUUACUUUGGACGCCGAGAUGAGAGGUGCUUACAGUCUGCUUCCUGACUCCCUAAAACGGAGAGACACCAAUCAAUCCCUCAUGGAUUCAUCUGAGAUGAUCCUAAACCGCUGCAACAUCGAACUCCUAUACCUGAAAGGACUCGUCGUUCUACACCGACGGUAUAUCCGAUACGAGCACCAAGACGCCAAAUUCGAGACUUCACGACGUUUCUGUGUGGAAGCAGCUCUCGAAAUUCUCGCCCGCCAAGUAGAUUUGCAUCAAGCAUUUCAGCCAGGUGGCCGUCUACACGAAGACCAGUGGAUGCUUUCCUCACUGACAAUCCACGAUUUCCUCCUAGCUGCAAUGGUGAUAUGUCUGGAUAUAUCCGUGCGUCUGGAAUCUCAUACGACGGCGUUUGUAGACGAGCGCGCAGACCACGGCUUUGUUUCUAGAGAGAUUGCCGCGCUGAAAACCUCCCAACGCAUUUGGGCUGCCAAUAGCCAUCGUUCACCGGAAUCUCGCAUUGCGUCGCUGGCACUGGACUUGAUGGCCCGGAAGGUGGCGGAGCGUCAGGCUACUUUCUCGUGCGAUCAGCCUGCGUUUAUGGAAAUUUCUCAAGUGAGCCCGGAGCUGCCCUACAUGGAGCCAAUGUCGGAAAUGAUUGAUGGGUCUGAGACGUUGGACUGGCUCUUGUUGGACCAAUAUUUCCAGAACUCUGGUCUCGAGGCGCCUCAGUUAGACCCGGGCAAUGAUAUGGGUGGGUUAUUUAUGGAUGUUCCUGGAGCAUUUGACCCUUUCGCGUAUAAUUAG